UCAAAGCGCGCGAGGGGCAGCAGUGUUUACUGGAGAUGUCAAAGAGGAAGAGCAGUAAUGCAAGGCUCACACCUGAUAAAAGGUGCAGGUUAUCUCAGCCUGAGCCCUCAGAGGAUGAAGAGGAGAUGGAUAACUUCAGUUCAGGAGAUGCUACAUACACACCACAGAGUGCUUCAGGUGAGGUGGGCAUCAUAGAGAGUAUCUCUUUGAAGAACUUCAUGUGUCACUCGCUGCUCGGACCCUUCACAUUUGGUCCAAAUGUCAACUUUGUUGUAGGAAACAACGGAAGUGGCAAAAGCGCAGUUCUGACAGCUCUGAUUGUGGCUCUGGGGGGGAAAGCUCACAACACCAACAGGGGCUCCUCACUGAAAGGCUUUGUUAAGGAAGGAGAGAGUUCUGCAGAUGUGUCUAUCACACUGAGGAACAGGGGUCAUGAUGCAUAUAAGCCAGAAGUGUAUGGCCAGUCCAUCAUCAUCGAUCUUCGCAUCUCCAGCGAGGGCCUGAGGACAUAUAAGCUGAAAAGUAAAACAGGUAAUCUAGUGUCAUCCAAAAAGGAGGAGCUGAAUUAUAUUCUGGAUCACUUCAACAUCCAGGUGGACAAUCCGGUCUCCAUUCUGACCCAGGAAAUGAGUAAACAUUUCCUCCACUCCAAAGGAGAGGGGGACAAAUACAAAUUUUUUAUGAAAGCCACUCAGCUUGAUCAGAUGAAAGAAGACUACAGCUACAUCAGUAAGACCAAAACUAUGACCCAGAACACAGUGGAGAAACACAAGGAGACUCUGCAUGAGCUAAAGAGGAAGUACCAGGAAAAACAGGAGCGCUAUAAAAAUCUGGCUUCACUGGAUGAAAUGCAUCAAAAAUUGGAUGAACUGAAGAAUCAGAUGGCCUGGGCUCUGGUGGCAGAAGUUGAGCACGAGAUAAAGCCCAUGACAGAACGAAUUGCAGCAGAAGAGAAAUCCAACGUCAAAUAUGACCAGAAGGUGGAGGAGUGGGAGGGGAAAGUUCAGGAGGCCAACAGGAUAUUCAAACAGUUGCAGGAUCAGUUGGAGGGUGUAACGGAGCGAAUGCAGCAGCUGCAGCCACAGUGCACUCAGCUAAAGAGUAAAGCACAAGAGCAAAACCGAUGUCUUAAAGCAUCAGAGGCUGGACUUCAUCGAAAGAAGACGAACUUAAGGGACCUUGAGAAAGAUAAAGAUCAACUCAACAAACGUAUCAAAGAACUCAAAUACAACAUAAGUCAGAUGAACUCCGCAGACAAUCAGGCUUGUAUGGAGAGGAUGAAUCGCAUUCAGGCUGAGCUGGAAGAUCUAAGUUUCCAGGACUCGACUCUGGCUCAGCAGAUCAAUCAAUUUCAUCAGGCUUGUGCUGCUGCUAAAGAAAAGUUUGGUAAAAUGAGCCGAGAAAAGCAGGACAUGCAGCGCGCGAUUGAGGCUAAGCGUCGUGACCUAGCUGCUAUGGAAGGCAGUCGAAAUGAUCGUCUUUGUCGCUUCGGCGAGAAGAUGCCGGCACUGCUGAUGGCCGUAGAUGAGGCGUACCGCCGGGGCAACUUCAAGAGAAAACCUGUUGGACCACUUGGAUACUGUAUCCGUUUGCGGGAUCCAGAGCUGGAUCUUGCAGUGGAGAGUUGUCUGAAGACUCUGAUGCUGGCUUUCUGCUGCGAUAAUCACAACGAUGAGAGAGUGUUGCAAGGCAUCAUGAACCGCUGCUUCCAGCAGGGCAAAAGACCCCAGAUCAUUGUCAGCACAUUUACCAACACGCUCUACAAUGUCGGCAGCAGAGCUGUCAAUCAUCCUGAAUAUCCAUCAGUGCUCCAGGCCCUUGAAAUUGAGAAUCCAGUUGUUGCCAACUGCCUGAUUGACAUGAGAGGGAUAGAAUCUAUUCUGCUCAUCAAGAACUCUAAAGAUGCGAGAAGAGUUAUGCAGGGUGGUCAUCCACCACGCAACUGCAGAGAGGCCUUUACACGCGAGGGAGACCAGAUCUUCUAUAACCGUUAUUACUCCUCUGAACAACGCAGAGCCCUCUACCUCAGCAAAGAUGUUGAAGAGGAAAUCAGACAUUUGCAUGCGGCUUUGCAAACCCAGAGAGCGGAUCUGGAGCGCUUUCAACAAGAAAUGCAGCAGGUCAGUGAGGAUGAGAGACGGAACCAAGCUCUUCAGAACCGAGCCUAUGAUGACAGCAGGAAAGCCCAGGAACGUUGUCGGAAGCUUAAGUCAGAGCUGACUGAAUUGCAGAAUGUUGAGGAGCCUCAGUCAGAGGAUUUGAAACCUUUGGAGGAGGAAUUAGAAGAGCUGAGCAGUCGGAUAAGUGCGUGCCGAGAGGAAUGUGAAGCCGCACGGCAGCAGACACACACACUCAAGAGGGAAUAUGAGGCGGCAGAGCAACUCUACCGACAGCAGUGGGAAGCUUUUAACAGCAUAGCAGAGGAAGCCGAGCCCAUUAAGGAGCAGUUAACUAACUGCGAUCAGGAUGUGGCAAAGAGUAAACACCACAAAAAACACUAUGAGGAGAAACGCAAAUGCCACAUGGACAUGAUAGAGGCACUGAAGAGAAGCCUGAAUGAGAAGGAGCAGGAGUUAGAGGCUUCCAUUGCAAAGGCCUCAGAAAUCUGCCAAGAGCGCAUUGAUGUGAGGAGAACAGCCAAGAGUUUGGACUCCGAGAUAAGCCGCCUCAAAUUCAAGAUCGAUACGCAACAGGGCCAACAAGGAGACAGAGACUCUAUUGUCAGGCAGUACCACGAGGCGAAGGAGAACUUUACCAAUAUUUUACGGCAGCUCAAGGGCCUGGAAGCCUUUAUUCAACUGUUAACUGAGAUCAUGAUCAUCAGGCACAACGUCUACAGUGAUCUGAGAAUGUAUCUUUCUGUGCGCUGUAAAUACUACUUUGACUCCAUGCUGUCCCAGAGAGGAUAUAUUGGGAAGAUGACCUUUGACCACAAGAAUGAGGGUCUCUCCAUCUCAGUUCAGCCAGGAGAGGGUUGUAAGGCUACCCUGAGUGACAUGCGUUCUUUAUCUGGAGGAGAGCGUUCGUUUUCUACUGUGUGCUUCGUCCUGUCACUUUGGGCAAUAGCUGAAGCUCCAUUCCGUGCCCUCGAUGAGUUUGAUGUCUAUAUGGACAUGGUGAACCGAAGGAUUUCCAUGGACAUGAUGCUGAAGAUCGCUGCCAGUCAGCGCUACAGACAGUUUAUUUUCCUCACCCCACAGAGCAUGGGUUCUCUUCCAGUCAAUAACCUGAUCCGUAUUCUGCGUCUGAACGACCCUGACCGUAGUCAGUCUACUCUUCCGUUUGGUCAGAGGAACCCAGAAUGAAGCUGCUCUUCACUGAAGAUCAUCUUAUGUGUAGAAUACAACCCUUUUGAUCAGGUUAUCUCCAGACUUUCUGCCUCAAAAGCUGCACAUUUGAGAUUCUUUUCAGAUUUGCUUUUAAUUAAACAAUACGCUCAAGGUUUUCUUUAAUAGAAUGUGGCAUAUGUCUCUGCACUUUACUGUUCUCUAGUGCACAAAAAUUUACAAUUUUAAAAACAAGUUGUUAAUUGUAAUUCAUAAAUCCUGGAAAAUAUAUCAGUUUAAGACUCAUUUACUUCUCUAAUACUAGUUGGUUUGGACAUUUGCUAGUCCUAUUUUACUCUGCACUUUAAAUUGUUCUAAAGAAAGAAUAGUUUAAGUUUUAUAUCAGCAUGAUGCAAUGACAUUUGCAUUUAUACUUGAUUCAAUAAACUUAAGAUUGUAAUAGUUAUGAUUUAUAGUUACAAAAAUGUUUUGUCCUGUUCAUUUAGAGACAUUUAUAGCAUAUUAUUAUUCAUUUCAAAUGUGGUUUUUAUUUUCAAUUGUUUUAUAUAUAUAUAUAUAUG